AUGAAAUGUUACUGGUGACGCCAGUCAUCCGGUCAUCCUACCCCUAAUUUUCUCUUUCUCUCUCUUUCUGUGAGUUGGCCCCACACUGUGUGCAUAACAAGGAGGAGGAGGAGGAAAGAAGAUAUCUUGGAAAGCUCCCAUUUUUUUCAUUUUAGCUGAAUUUUUCUCUCUAAGCUGCUGUUAACUUGCAGACCCUUUUGAAAUGGCAAAACACUCACAAGUACCAAAAUUUGGUGAGUGGGAAAGCGAUGAAGAUGUUCAAUAUACUACCUAUUUUGAGAAUGCUGCUAAGGGUAAGAAAGGAAGUAAAAUGAAUCCAAAUGAUCCUCAAUAUCUUGAGGCAAAAGUGAAAGGUGAAAAUGGAACAGAUACUGUACGACAGAAGCCGGAACGUAUUGCCAGCAGAGAUGAUGUAGAAUUGCGGAAAUCAACUGGCUCUCCAAUGCAUCCAGACACCAUGGGUCACAAAGUUCCAACUUACCCAUCUCCACAACGACAUGGUGCGAAAUAUGGAGGCAACAAGUCAGAAUCAGAAACAAUGAAGAGCACUGAAAUCCUAACACCAAGGCAUGAACGUCGGCCAAGCCGAGAAGAGGGUUACCUGAGGAAACCUACUGAUUCCCCGUUGCGCAAUGAGAACAUGGGGAGAAGAACUCCUAUGGAAUCACCUCAUCAUCGCUAUGGUGGCUUAAGUGGUGGUGCUACACCUAAGAGGGCCUCUCAGCAAAGUGUAGGACCUGAUCGCAGCAUUGAGCAUUCCCCGCUGCAUCCACAUUCCCAUGGAAGGCCUGGAGGCAAAGGUGGUGUUGUCUCCUCCCCCUCAUGGGAAAGGAAGGCUUCAUCUGAAGGUAGUCAUGGUCUGGCUCCUUCUACACCUGGAAGAUCCCGUUUGAGACCAGUUGCAAAAGGUGAUGACACGCCUGAUGACAGCCCUGCUGUUCCUAAAUUUGGUGACUGGGAUGAGAAUGAUCCUGCAUCAGCAGAAGGUUACACGCAAAUCUUUAACAAAGUGCGAGAGGAGAAGCAGACUGGUUCAGCAAAAGUACCUUCCUCAUCAACUGAUACAUCUUACUCCAACAGUCAAAAGCGAUAUGGAAAUGACAGUGGAAAGGGUUGUUUAUGUUUCCCAUGGGGUCGAAGUUGACAAUGCUGAGGAUGAGACAAACAAAAAAUGCAAAUGGGCAUGUACCCUAUUUUAAAACAUGAAACAUUGGUUAUGUAUAGAUUGUAGAUCUCUUUAGUAUAUAUGUUGUUCAUUGUGUGCUUUAGACUUUAAUAUUUUGCUUUACAAACCAGAAAAAAGAUUGAGAAAAGGGAAAGAAAAAAACAAAGAGAAAAAUGACAUUCUUCUUGUUCUGCCAUCCAUUAGUUGUUGGCUUUCUUCUUCAUGGAGAUUUAUCUAAGUUAUCUUUAUAUUUUGCA